AAUGAGGAGGCAGAAGUGUGGUCAGUCCAUCGUCCCUCCUGAGCUGUGCCAUGCUGGGGUGUGAUCUCUGCCUGCUCUUCCCCGUCGUGGGGUGUUUUUGAUGAUCCAGAAGAGAGGACUGAAGCGCGUGGACACUCCUGGGGAACGAUGCCAGGGAGAAGAGUGGAGAUACAGUUUUUGCUGUUGAGUGAAGAAUGGGGAAAACAUGUGCCUUAGUGCUGUGUUCUGCUCAGCCUUUGCAUGCUUCUCUGAGCCUGCUGCAAGGUGCCACUUUUUGCUGCUUUCCUCCCCUUUGUUUUCUUUGGCAGCUCCCUAAGUGCUGUAUCAAAACAGCUUCAGGGGAGCUGCGCUGGCACGGUGACCUACCUCCACGCUGGUGCUGGUUUAAAUGCAGCAAGAAGAAGCCUGGACAGAAGUCAGAUUGAAAUUGUUUAGCUUCCCACAAAAACAACUGAGAAAGGGGACAGGAACAAUUUCAGAAAGGUCUGUUUGGAACCGAGGCCAGUAGCUGGCUUGAAAGAAAAUGAAAAAGGAGUGUGUUUCGAGAUCUUUCAAACUCAAACAAAACCCAGGCUCCCUCUCGCGUGCUGUAAGCUGGAUAAAUUUCUCCUCCUUGUCAAGGCAGACAAAGAGAUUGUUUCGCAGUGAUGGUGAACUCUCCUCCAUGUGUGUGCAGCAGGUAGACGAGGAUGAUGAGAACUGGACCUACAGGAGCCAGCAGAGAAAAGCUGUUUCCAACCUAGAUGAAGAGAGUAGAUGGACUGUGCACUACACUGCUCCGUGGCACCAGCAGGAAAAUGUCUUCCUGCCCUCCUCGAGACCACCUUGUGUUGAGGACCUGCACCGGCAAGCCAAGCUGAACCUCAAGUCAGUACUGAGAGAGUGUGACAAGCUGCGGCGGGAUGGCUACCGGAGCUCACAGUAUUACUCUCAGGGUCCCACCUUCUCCUCAUCCUCCAGUGCAAUCUGUGGAAGUUACCAGGAUGAUUAUGAAGAAAUUGAACAAAAGUCUAGUCUGUUAGACUGCAUCUCUCGGUCUUGCGUUAGUGCCUGCUGUAACUUGAUUCCCUGGAGCAAAAAGUGUCCUGUCUCUUCCUCAGAAGAAGAAAAGCUUAUUACCAUCAAAAGGCCUAAAACUCCAGUUUCAAAUGAGUUAUCAGAUAUCAACACUCAAACCAACUGGACUAAGUCACUCCCACUGCCAACACCUGAAGAGAAAAUGCGACAGCAAGCACAGGCAGUACAAACAGAUGUGGUUCCUAUUAAUGUGACUGGGGAGAAUUUCGACCGCCAAGCCAGCAUUCGGCGGUCUCUAAUUUACACAGACACGGUGGUAAGACGGCCGAAGAAAGUCAAAAGGAGAAAGACUAUUACAGGAAUCCCUGACAACAUACAAAAGGAGCUAGCAGUUGGCACUGGCCAAAGUGAUUUCCGAGGGCAUUCGAUGUAUGUCCCAGAUCACUGUUCCACACUAGGGAGACUAGACAGCUAUCGCUCUGCUAUGCAGCGCUCUGAAACCAAGGACACCAGCUGCCAGACGGAGGAAGUUAAAGUUGUGCCCCCUUCAAUGAGAAGAAUACGAGCGCAGAAAGGACAAGGCAUUGCAGCCCAGAUGUCUCAGUUCUCCAGCUCAUCUGGAAACAUGUCAGUGAUGAGUGAUUCUGCUGCAGUUAUAUUUGCUUCUCGCCAAAAUAGCGACAUGGGUUUUCACAGCUUGCCUCGGGCUGGUGCAAGAGUGUCUCUGCAGUCCCUAGAGCAGACACAGAGCAUCUCUAGACAGACAGAAGACAUCGCUGGCACUUUACCCCACCAGAUAAGUAAAUUGCAAGUGGAUGAUAGUGUUGUGCAUCUGAGAAAUAGUCCCACACCAGGGACCCUGUCGAGGCCAAAGUCUCAAGAGCUGAGAAGCUAUGAUAGCGAAAAGUCCGCAAGCCCAGCAUGUGUGGUCUCUCCUCAUGCCACCUACUCAACGAGCAUCAUACCCAAUGCAACACUGUCAUCCUCUUCAGAAGUUAUCGUUAUUCAUACUGCCCAGAGUCUUGGAUCGUUGGAUAGUAAAAUUACCAGCUCCACUGCCUACCCAAAGCCAAGAGACAAUCCUGUUACUAGCAGUGCAGUAAGUGGGAAAGAUGAUCACCAUUCUUCAAGCGGUAACUGGAGUGAGAGUAGUUCCACACGUCACUCACAGACUUCAGAUACCAUCCCAUCUAAUACUGUCAUGAUGCUUUCUCUUGGUGACUCUGCUGUCUCUCUUAGCACUCCUGGAAAUGCAGAGGGUGGGUCUCAGAGCAUGAGCUACAGCUGUAGGAACAAUCUUGCUUUACCAACCCCUUCCCAGGACAGUGAUGGUAGGAGUGAAUCCAGCUACUCAGGGGAGCAAGCACAAGCAGCACUAAACAGCACAGAGCACUGGCUGUACAAGUCUGCAGAAAACAGUGAGACUGCUUCAUGCAAGGUGGUUUGUACCACACCAGGCUGUGCCACUCCCGGUAGCAACCUCAGCAGCAGCAGCCUGGAGAGGACUUCGGUCAGGGAUGAUUCUACUUCUUUGUAUUCUAUGGACCAUGAUGGUUAUUACGGUUCCAUGCAUAUGGACUCUGGACUGAAGUCAGACAUGCCAUGCAAUAGUACUAAUGGUUUUGGGAACCCCAGGGACAGCGUGAUAAAUGUCUUUGAAGGAAAAGAGAAAAAACAUCAGGAUGACCAGUCAGGCAAAGGUGACAAAUCCCUUGCAAGAAAUAUCUCUCUGAAGAAGGCAAAGAAGCCACCUUUGCCACCAUCCAGAACUGACUCACUCAGAAGGAUGCCCAAGAAGAAAGCCCAGUCCAAUGGACAGGUACUUGAUGAAACCCUCAUUGCCACCCUCCAGCAUUCUCUGCAGUUGAAUCUCAAGUGCAAAAAUGGCAGCUCCCCUUCCCAGAGCCCCUGCAGUGAUUAUGAGGAUCCCUGGGUGUUGCGCUCCCGCAGCCAAAGCUCGGUCAGUGCAAGCAGCAGCAUGAUGUCCACCACUGCCCCAAACCUGUACUCCAUCUGCACAAUCACUCCCUCUCAGAGUGAAACAAGUAGCAUCAAGUCGGAGUACGCUGACCAGUGGGGUUACUACAGUGACUAUGCUGCAGUGGCAGAUGACCAGGUAAAAUCCCCAGUGACCCAUUCUGCGAGUACAUCAUCAGCACUCAGCGAUUACAGCAUCAGCCACUUCAGUGAUGGCUCAAGGGCUUCUGUGCCACAAGUGCCCAGUGGACUGGCCAAACCAAAGAGCACUUCUCCAGAGAAAUCCCACCGAGUCACAUCGCCAUCGAGUGGGUACUCCAGCCAGUCCAAUACACCCACUGCGCUUACUCCAGUGCCUGUAUUUUUAAAACCUGCAUCAUCAGGAAAUGGGAAAUCUAAGCUGAAGCCUAAAGUGCCUGAAAGGAAAUCCUCUCUUCUGUCUUCAGUCUCCAUGUCUUCAUCCUCUACUUCUCUUUCUUCAAAUACAUCUACUGAAGGGAGUGUGAGUGUGAAGAAAUUGGACCCCACCCUGAACUCUCCUCCAGAUUCUGGUGCACCUCCUCCACCACCUCCUCUUCCAGCACCUCAGCUGCAUUGCCCUGAACUUUCUCCUCCCCUUCCUCCUCCUCCAGCAGAAGUAAUGGAUCUGUCACCAUUGCCAGCCUCGCCCACAUUCCCCCCUCCUCCACCAGAAGCUGAUGUAAAUUCUUCCUUUGCUCAGACUGUCCCAUGGUUUCCACAAGAAUCCUCCAUCAAUUCGUUCUCUUCCCCUGUUCCUCCUCCUUCUACUUUCCCCUUAGCUGUCCCACCACCAGCACCACCUCUUGAUCCCAAACUAACAAAAGGUGCAACAAUAUGCCCACAGUAUUCUUUUAAGAAACGGAACCAGGAAGAUAAUUGCUACAGUCCAGUGAAACAGCCACUCAACAAGCAAGAUGCAUCAAGACCUGUGAUGCCCUUAGUAACUACCAAAGCCUUGCAAAUGGUGCAGCUGAGGUCUGUGAAAAAAGUGACAGAAGGUGAACCAUCACCUGAAUCUGCUUCUGAAACCACAUCUCAGGAAAAGGGUAGUACAUCAUCACAGUCUUCCCUACAGCCAUCUCUCUCACUAAGACUCAGUAGCAGCUUAGGCGAAGAGGAAAUGAAAACUCAAGGCACUUCAUUUAAAAACUCGGUUCAAACACUGGCUCGGGGUUCUCCUCUCAUUCUCUCUGAUAACAUACCUGUGCUUGACACCAAUCAAAAGCCUGCGAGUGCGGUAGGUCUGAGCAAGCCUUUCAAAGCUGAUGCGCUGGGGACAGCUGCUGAAGACACACCUGAGUCUUCAGUGCAGAGUGAAGACCUCCAUUCUGGCAUGUCACUUCAGGGGUCACCAGCAUCUCCCAACAAGACUCAGGUCAUAUUGCCAAGCAAGAAGCCACCUCCUAUUUCAAAGAAACCCAAACUGUUCCUUGUUGUACCACCUCCACAGUUAGAUCUUACAGUGGAGAAAAUAGCUGAAGUGAGUGAUACUGUCAGAAGCACAUCAAGCCCAACUAAGAGAGACGCUGUGCUUGCACACUGCGAGGAGGCGAGAAAUUGUCUUACAGAUGGACUCAGUUCUAGCGAGAUGGACUCUGGCAGCCUGGUUUCUGAGGGAGGAGCUGCUGGAUUCACCUUCUCUGAGACAGUGGGAGCUAAUGCCUUUGUGGUACAGCCUGCUGCAUCACCAGUUCAAGAAGAACCCAGGCAGGAGGAGCAGUCCGCUUUUGAUGAGGGAAGCAGCUCAGGCAGCAGCCAAGACAGCGGCAGUAACAGUGACGGGCACCUCUCUCAAGAGAACGAAAGUGUGGAGGUAUUUGAAUCGGAUACAGUGAGCAGUUCAUUCCUGCCGAGCAAUAGUUAUGGGGAAGAGACGGACGGAGUGGCAACACCAGCGAGACCAAGGACUACUGAGGAUCUUUUUGCAGCCAUUCACAGAUCCAAAAGGAAAGUCCUUGGCCGUAAAGAUUCUGAAGACGACCGUGCCCGCAACCAUUCUCCAUCACCCCCCGUAACUCCCACUGGUGCUUCCCCAACCUUAGCUACCCUCAAACAAGCUGGAUCUAUUCAGAGAAGUGUUCGCAAGAGCAGUACCAGCAAUGACAACUUCAAAGCUCUGCUGCUGAAGAAAGGCAGCCGCUGUGACACCAGUUCCCGCAUGUCUGCAGCAGAGAUGUUGAAGAACACGGACCCACGGUUCCACCGGACAAAGACAGAUGCCUCCCCUGACCUUUCCGACAGCCCUACCAGCUGCUCACCCAGCAAGAGCAAACGGGCCCAGGAAGAGUGGGCCAAGAGCGAGGGCCUGAUGCCAAGGAGCAUGUCCUUCUCUGGCACUAGGUACGGGCGGUCACGAACACCCCCCUCUGCUGCCAGCAGCAAGUACAAUGUCCGCAACCGCAUCCAGAGCAGCCCCAUGACCGUCAUUAGUGAGGGAGAUGGGGAGGUGGUGGAACAGUCAGAGGGCAGGGUCCGAAGGACUUUGGAAGAGCAGCAAGAGAGGCAGCUUGAUAUGUUUAACAGUGAUGAACUGGACAUGAAUGACUUUCCAUAUGCUGAGGAGGCAGGAUGCAAGGAGACCUUGGAUCCAACCCAUCUAGACUUAAUGACUCAACCAGGUACUUCAAGGAAGUAUCUAAGCCCUUCGGCUGAAGAAAGUUAAAAGGCAGUGACAAAAGGCAUUGGAUGUUAGUCUAGAAAAUGACAGAGGACUAGAUUCCAGAAGAAAGCCCAGACCAGGACAAGUUUACUUUGCUGAGCAUUUAUUCCAUGAACUGCAUGUGUGUGUUUAAAUGCUAAAGCAAUGAUCGUUCUGCAUGGUUGGGUUGGGGUGAGGAGGACUUGCUUUGAAUGGGUGGUCUGUGGCUUAAAGAAAGUUAACAGUUGAAUUUAUUGUAAAGCCUUAGAAGUCCUCUUGGGGGGUGGGGGGGAGUUUUCUCAGAGCCUGUAGGGGUGUGAAGUUUUUCUUUUUCUUGAGACUGCAAUUGUGCAAGCAAAAUUUAGGAAUAAGCCUGAAAAAGGAAUGAGAAUGCUCCUGUGGUACAAGCUGGACAUUUGCUUCAGAAGCUUUAUAGUGGUGCAGCGUAGUGCAUUCGUGAAGCAGGGAGAGGCACGAUGAGGCACAUUCACCUGUGAGAAGGUCGUAGGGGUGGUGCUAGGGUUACAUGGCUUAUUCCUGGGAUAUGCCCCAGUGUUCGAUGAAACGCGUCCUGCUAGAGCAAUUAGGUCACCGGGUUAUGGAUUGGUCCAGGGUACUUUUUUUUUGUUUUUUCCUGAGGGAAAAUGAAAUAACAUAGUUAAUGUGGAAAAGGGAGCUGAGUUUUAUAACACACUACUAGCUGCUAUGCAGCCACACACGUACGCUUGAUGAAACACUCAUUUCCAAGUGAAGUGCUUCCUUGACUAGAGUAUUCCCUUAGAGAACUGGAGCAACUGGGGGUGUGUGGAGGAUGCGAACGGUCAGCAGGAAAAUGGGAGAGGAAUUAAGCAGUGUACUGCCAGAGUUUGGAAGGGUUACGUUUCUGAAUUAGAAAGCAAAAUUUAACUUUGAGAACUUGCACUACAGGGCUGUAGGUGGAGCCUGUCUUUCAAAAUUGAAACUUGGGAGUUGUGUUUUGCCAGAAAUCUUUCUUCCAUUUGUCAAAAUGGGAAGAUUAUUACUUUCCAUCACUUGAAAUACAGAUACUUGCUAACUUUUGGUUACCAAAGAAUAAGUUACAGUUACUUUCCUUUUUGAUUUGCCUGCAGUAUUUCCCUUCUUUUUUAACCUUAAUAAUUUAGUGAGGUUCGUUUUCAUUGUAUAUUUUACAGAUAAUAAAAACAUUUUAACGGUUUUCCAAUUGUAAAGAAGACCAUUAAUUAAAACUGAAAUAUUGGCUGGAGUUUUUGGUUCUUGGUAGGAAUGAAAUUUUAAUUUUUAAGAAUUUUUGCAUCACUUGAUGGUGUGCGCAGUUUUUGUAUUGUUUGUAAAUAUUGAAAGUUGUUAAAAAUAUCUUUUGGUCUCCCUACGGUAGAAUUUAUACAUUUUUAGAUUGCUUUUAAGAAGAAAAAGCACUCCUUGUAGAUUAUUUAUUUUAGAGAAAUAUGCUUGUAAUCUCUUUCUUCAAUCCUUUACUUGUUAGUAAUGUAAAUUUCAGGGGCCUUCGUUUAACUCUUCCCUUCACAAGAGGGGAAUAGUGAUGAAAAUGCUGUGACUUUGCUUCAAUAAAGAAAAAGGCUGCCAGUUGCCAUAUUGUCUUUUGAGUUGAUUAAAAUCUCCUUCAAAAGAUGUGUCCCACAGCAUAUGGCAACCCACUGAAUGCCAUAAACCACGCAUCUAGCUACUAAUCUCCAGUUUUCAUUGCAAGAUUUACUAAUUCACUUCAGAGACAACUAAAGCGUACUUGCAUAUCCAUCCCAUUUUGGCAUCUCAAUGCUGAGACUAAAAAAACUGAAAUAAUCCUAAAAUUUUUCCAGUAUCAUUUGUGAGUGUUUCUACUACUUCUCCUUUUACUUGCAACCUGUCCCAGAAAACUAAAAUUCUUGGAGAACCAGAUUAUAAGCAGAGUGAGCGAAAAGUGAUAUGAAGUGGAGAAAGUGAAUCCAGCUGCACUCACUAGAACAAAGGGGGGAUUAACUGGUGCACAGCAAACUUCCUACCGUUUUUGUGUGCUAAAUAUAUUUAAAGAACCAUUGGGAUUUUUUUAAUUAAAUGAAAACCUAAUUGGAUAAAGCAGAUCGUUUCAGAUAUUAUGAAUAUUGAUCUGAACUACAUACUGUAGAAAUAGUGCAAAACAUUCUGCAGCUGCUGAAUGUCUUGUGAGUGUUGCUCUGGUGUUUCUCCCAGAGCUGAUCACACGAAACAUAGAACGCUGUGUCCCUUUCACAGCAAGUGCUGUCCCUUUUAAAGCUGUUUGCAAAUGCUAACUAGUCCUCAUGCCACCAUCCUGACAGGGGAAUACUCAGGCUUUGUUUUAUUAUUUAUGAAAGGGGAAAUCAUCUAAGUGAAAAAUUGCAGCAUUGGAGAGAAUUAAUAUUUCUGGUGUCUGCAACUUCUGUAGUACUUAGAAGCAUUUUGCAUAAAGUGCCUGUAGGAGGCAGCCCAGUCGGCUUGUUUCCCUGAUGCUGGCCUGCUGAUGCUGCCAGUCAUUUUUAAAGGCUAUAUGGGAAACUCUUGGGAAAGUCUUGGCUUAUAUGCACACCAUAUGGUCAGUGCAGGUAGGCGAAGUUAAACUUAAAGGUUGCUUGGGCUGAAUUUCUUCUCUGACCACAGGUAGCCUUGAUGCUCAUCUAAAACCCACAUCGGGUGUAAGGUGAACUUGGGUUGGGGCGCAGGUUUUGGCUAGUGUGCAGAAGGCAGUAUUUAUGUAGCCCUACUGAUGUUGCUACAUGACUAUGUUUUACACAGUAUAUAAGAUGCAGUGAAAUACAUUAAAUGUGCUGAAAUAUGUUUAAUAGUGCUUAUGAUGAUAAUUUAUUUAGGCAGCUGAUAUAACUUUCUUACAGAGAUACCACCACAUCAUCUCUCUGCUGCUAUCAUCCUCUGUAGCAGCACACAGAAUUGGUUAGUAGCUUGGUUUCCUCAGCAAUAUAGCCCUUGACCCAAGUUUCCACUACAAAAGCCUAAGAGCAUGACAGCUUUAGGCUAUGUUUUCUGUACUGGCAAGGACUUUGGUGUAUAUGUAAUCAUGCUAAGGAAAACAUGCUUAAUUUUCUGUCAUGCAUCCAACUUCAAAGUUACUUUCUUCCAUUCUAAGCCUCGUCCAUAGGGAGGUUUUGCAGUUGUGGCUUUAUUGGUCAACAAGUAUAGAUUAAGUUUAGCAAACCCCUGCUAAAGACAUCCAGAGCAGUAGGAGAGGAGGAAGAAUAUGCAAACUUUGGCACUGCUAAAAAGAAAAAGGAGGCUUGUCAUCCUGAUGUUUAAUGGAUCAUAAUGUUACAGGGCUUGUUUGGAGUUUACAGCUGGUUUACAGUUUGCCUCUAAAAAAAUCAAGAAAGAAGCUAACUGUGAAGUUAAUUUAUUGGUUUACUUUUAUUGGGAAUGAUUUUCAACUUCAAUCUUAAAUUUUGCUCUGUAUUAACUCAUUCUAUGCUUCCUCUUAUGUUCAAAGUUCAUCCGUACUGCUGUCAUAUGUAGGCAGCCCCAGUCCCCCUUAAACUAGAGCCCUUCACUUACUACAUUAAUACAUUCAUAAGGUUCUGUGGCAUUUACAAGCCUUCACUGUUUAUAUACUGGAGGGGGGAGACUUUAUUAUCUUACUUUAAAUGAAGGAUGGUUAUGCAAAGAGCAAUAGCUUGGUGAGAGGAGGUUUGGAAGGUUACUGGAAAUAAGUUAAAAGAAUUGUGAAAGAAGUGGAUUUGAUGUAGGCAAGGUUUUGAGGAACCAGGACUGAACACUGGUUCAUGCAUAAGGCUUGGCCUGAAAGAAGGCACAGAAUAAUGACAGAAAAGGUGAAUCAGGGAGAUUACUGAGAAGUACAAUGGAUGCACAGAAGGACAGUAAGGUAUGGGGCUGGCAGGCUAAUGCAGAUUUUUGAAAACAAAGAAGUUUCAGCAAGUAUAAGAGAGAGAGAAAAGAGAAAAAAGCAAAGGAACAAUUGGAUAGACAGCAGGGGGAAAGAAAAAUUUCAACUUCUGUGCUUCUUCACAAUUCAAAGGAUAUAGAAGGCCAAAGUCAGUCAAACACGGAAAAAAAAACAUUUUAGAAGAGGAAGAAGAGCAAAAUUGUGUGAGCUUAGAGAAGCAGUAAUAGGCUGAAGUGAGGAACAAUCCAGGAGACCUCAGGCAACAGCAGGCAGGCAGCUACAGGCUUGAGCACAACUCUUGGAAGGAUUCUGUGCAGAGAAGCCGUGCCCGAAAUCUUGAAAGAAUAUGGGGUCAGGAAGAUUAAAGGUGAGAUUCAUCCUGCCUACUUUCUAUCAACAACCCUGCAUCCAGUGAUUACUGUGGACCAACUACUGUUCUCCAGACACCUGUGUUCUGGCAACUUGCUAAACUUGCAGUGUUUUCCUGGAGCGAAGAGAGGCCACUUGUGCAUGCAGCACAGGCAUAAGUGUCUGCGUAACACUGCAAGGAAAUACAUCUUGUCAGGUAUUGUUUGGAUCCCAGAAAGUUCUGGAAAAGCCAUGUAUAGCAGUGGUCACUGCUCCAACAAAGCUGUUGUUAUAGUACAUUUAAGUGAUUCAAAAUGAUGCACUGUUUGCUUCUAUAAGAGAAGAUUAAAAGGAUGGACUUCAACAAUAAAGCGUGAAAAAAUUUACAGUGGCAAUGAGGAAUCGUUUUAUUGACAGUAACUUCAAUACUCGCAAAACCCACAAAGCUAGAAAUUACAUUAAUUAUAUAGCGUACGGAGUACAUUGUAUUAGAUUUUUCCCCCCCUUCAUUUUCUGAAUAACUUCCAGAAGUAUUUCUUUCAUAUUUGAGACUAGAAAAGUUGUCUGACAUAAAAUUGAUAAUUUUCUUGGUUCUAAAGAGGUGUUAACAACCAACUUUAAAUCAGAGUGCGGCAUUAAAAUCUUGCAGGUAUUCAGUGCAGGAUCAUGACUGUGGCUAUACCAGUGUGAAUUAAUAAACACUCCACAGAGUAAAAUAUAGAGAUGUUUGAUAAAGAAGUGCUAUGUCAUCUCUUGUUCUGAAAGAUGGUAAAAGCCUCACUAGUGCUUCCCUAACAGAAUGAGUGCAUUUUAUGUUGCAAAUUUAGCUCUUUGACGUUAGGUUCUUACACAUCAUGCGCAACCAACCUUUUAAGGGCCAAUCAAUUCUUCUCCCAACAAUGCUAAUGCAGAAUGUCAUCGAUUUUUAGUAGGAAAUUGUCUGUUAAUAGUGAAUCCACAUGCGUCUGUAUAUGCAUGUGUGGGGGUAUAUACAGAAGAGAGAAAGGCCAGUCCCAAUGUACAUUUGAGUUGCUUCUGUCUGUAGUUGCUUCUGUCUCUAUUUGUGCACCAGCCUUCAGUAUAAAAUAGAAAUUUUAGCUACUGAAGGAACAAAAAAAGUAAAAAUCUGUUAGGACACAUAGGUGGCAGAAAUUCCUGCAUAUUCACUACCUCUUGAAAAAAAAAAGUGAAAACAUCAGUUCUGUGUUUAGAUGGUAAAAACUAAUUUUUGGGGAAAAAAAUUACAA